AAAAUGCUGCCCUCGCAAGAAGCCUCCAAAAUCUACCAUGACAAUUAUAUGCGGAACUCUCGGGCCAUUGGGGUCCUUUGGGCCAUAUUCACCAUCUGUUUGGCCAUUAUCAACGUGGUGGUGUUCAUUCAGCCCUACUGGAUUGGCGACAGUGUGACCACCCCACACGCUGGUUACUUCGGCUUGUUCCACUACUGCGUGGGCAUCGGGAACUCCAACCGGGAGCUCACCUGCCAGGGAACCUUCUCCGAUUUCGGCUCCAUCCCAUCGGUCGCCUUCAAGGCGGCCUCCUUCUUCGUGUUGCUGUCCAUGGUGCUCAUCCUGAGCUGCAUCGCUUGCUUCGUGCUCUUUUUCUUCUGCAACACCGCCACUGUCUACAAGACGUGCGCCUGGAUGCAGCUGCUAUGCGCUGUAUGUCUAGUGCUGGGCUGCAUGAUCUUCCCAGAUGGAUGGGAUGCUGAGGUGAUCCGGGACAUGUGCGGUGAGGAGACAGGGAAGUACACCCUGGGCAACUGCUCCAUACGCUGGGCCUACAUCUUGGCUAUCAUCGGCAUCCUGGAUGCCCUCAUACUCUCCUUCUUGGCCUUCGUGCUGGGCAACCGGCAGAACGACUUCCUCCAGGAAGAGCUCAAGGCUGACAACAAAGUAGGUCAGUUCAAACAUCUGGUCAUCGCCAGCAUGGAGAAUUACAAGGGACUGUGA